AUGAGUCAACUUCUCACGCAGCGGCAGGCGGAGGAGCUACAUAAAGGAAUAAUCGCCUACCUCACUUCUGUGAAUUUACACCACAGCUCCGCUGCUUUGCGAGAAGAACUUGGCAGCUCGAUCACAGUUGACGACAGCACAUUAAAGAAAUAUGAGGGACUCUUGGAGAAGAAGUGGACGAGCGUAGUCCGGUUACAGAAGAAGAUUAUGGAAUUGGAAGCACGAUGCACUGCACUUCAGACGGAGAUCGACACUGCCACACCCACUUCCCUCUCUCGAAGAAAUCAAGACCCAGUAUCCUGGAUGCCUCGAGCGCCGCCGCGCCACGACCUCGAAUCGCACCGUGCGCCAGUAUCAUGCCUCGCUUUCCAUCCAAUAUUCUCCUCACUGGCUUCCGGCUCGGAUGAUACCACAAUCAAAAUUUGGGACUGGGAGUUGGGUGAGCUAGAGCGGACGAUCAAAGGACAUACCAGGGCAGUGCUUGAUGUUGAUUAUGGAGGACCACGCGGCGGCACACUUCUUGCAUCAUGCUCGUCAGAUCUAACGAUCAAAUUGUGGGACCCGGCUGACGAGUAUAAGAACAUCCGAACACUACCAGGACACGACCACAGCGUUUCAGCGGUUCGGUUCAUUCCAUCGGGGGCUGCAGGGUCCCCAAUGUCAGGAAACCUGUUAGUUUCGGCAUCUCGCGAUCUCACACUGCGUAUAUGGGAUGUCACGACCGGAUAUUGUGUCAAGACUAUGUCGGGUCACGGAGACUGGAUUCGAGAUGUUGCACCAUCCCCAGACGGCCGAUUCCUUUUCUCUGGUGGAGAUGAUCGAGUUCCACGUCUGUGGGAUAUCUCAUCGGGUGAAACUAAAUCAACAUUCCUAGGACACGAGCACUAUAUCGAAUGUGUGGCCUUUGCUCCACCAACCAGUUACCAGCAUCUCGCACCUAUGGCAGGCCUUAAAAAGCCACCGCCAGCAUCAUCCUAUGCCGAGUUUGUGGCUACUGGUUCUCGCGACAAGACCAUCCGUAUUUGGGACACCCGUGGAAACUGCAUCAAAACCCUUGUAGGCCACGACAACUGGGUCCGUUCAUUGGUCUUCCACCCCGGUGGAAAAUAUCUUCUAUCUGUAUCUGACGACAAGACCAUGCGGUGCUGGGAUCUCACACAAGAAUUCAAGUGUGUGCGCACCAUCGUGGCUCACGGCCACUUUAUCAGUUCGCUCCGGUGGGCACCUCCGUUGAUUAAGGACGCUGGUGCCAAGGAGGGCGCAAAUGGGGCCGAGGCUGCGUCCAAUGGUGCGAAAGAAGACGCAAAGAUGUCCAUUCGCUGCGUCCUGGCGACUGGUAGUGUUGAUCUCAAGGUCCGUAUCUGGGCAUCAUGA